UCAUAUUUUGUGAGCAUCGGUAAAGAAAAUGGCUACAGCGAAACAAUUAAAUUGAAUCAGUUUUUGUACAUUUCGAUGCGUCUAAAAGUGCCAACAAUUUAGGAUGCAUACCGUGAGUGGCAAGAACCUGAGCCGCGAAGAGUUGGAGGAAGUAAGCAAAUGGCUGCAACAAAAUAAUAUCAGCACUCAUAGAUUGCGCCGCGAGUUUUCCGAUGUUUUGCCGCUGGCCGAAAUAUUCAAACGCGACUAUCCGCGCUUGGUGGAUCUCUUCAAUUAUCCGAAGAAGAGUAGUGUUCAGCUCAAGUUGGCCAAUUGGGAGACAUUCAACUUCAGAGUGUUGUCCAAGUUAAAUAUGACGUUGACCAAAGAUUUUAUGGAGCAAAUGGCAAAUGGUGUUAGUGGUGCCGCCGAGGUCUUGUUGCAUGAAGUGAUACGAUUGGAGAAACGACAACGCCUUGCAGAACAACGAAAUGCGGCAUUGCGGCAGGAAAAACUUUGGGAGGAAAAUGAUGAGGUGAAAACUGUUGUGGUUAACAAACAGGUGGGCGAUGGCAUAGUUCAGGUGCCGCAGAAAAUGAUCCUAUAUUCGCUGUACGAGAAAGUGGAACGUGAUAGUCAUGCAAAGGAUGCUAUUAUCGAUGCCUAUCAACAGCGAAUGACCCACAUGGAGAGUAUUAUUAAAUUGAAAACGGAACGGAUCGACGAACUUCUAAUGCAGAUGGGAAAACAACCUCAAAAGAGAGCUACUAGCAGCGCCACCAAUUCUUUUUUAGCUUACGAUGGAAAUAACUCCCUAAUUCAGAACCAUAUAAGUCCUACUCAAGCAUCAUCGCCUGCCCCUCUGGACGCGGACGGGUUCAACUCCUAAUGGCAAUCUUGGAUUUACUAUUAUAAAGUUAUUUAUUGUUAGAUUGUGAAACUAAAUUACCGAUUAUCGGUUAAAUAGAUUACGAAAUAGACACAGUCUUGGCAAAUCAAUGACAAUAAAUUUAUAUAAUUGGUAA